CGCAGCCGCAGCCGUAGGGCUGCCCAAAGAUGCGAAAGGCAGCAUGAAAGCACUAGCGUGGCUGCUCGCACACGCCGCCACAGCAGAAUGGUGGUCCCUCGUCAACGACGAUGCACUGCGCGUCACGGACGAGCUGAUCGCGGGCGCCGUGCUCACGGACCGGCCGGGCGGCCUGGAAUGGAACGAUGGAUGGCCCGCGGAAGGACGGGCGCUGUGCUUCCGGCUCGGUAGUAGAGAAGCGUGUCGCACGGACUGGGGCCCGCUCGGGGCAGGCACGGCGCGCCUCGCGGCCGUGGCCUUUGGCGUCGAUGUGAAUGAAGGCGCGUUCGGUUCGCAUGAAUUAACGCUGGACAUGCGCGUCGUCGACGUCGAGACGGGUGCGGACGUGUCUGAAAUACUCGUGCAGCGAGUGCGGGCGGAGCCUCUAUCAAGAUGUGUAGCAGAAGCAGCAAAGACCUCGAACUCCACGCGCCACCGCGUCUUCGACGCGUUCCCGUUCUUUAACGAAGACAAAGUGCUCGAGGUCCGGUUACGGGAGCUCGACGAUUCGGUAGAUGUCUUCGUGCCCGUCGAGUCAACAGUAACACACAACGGCGGGCCCCACGAGCCGCUCUGGCCUUCCUUACAACACGAUUCGAGGUUCAGACGCUUCGCGCCGCGCGUGGCUUCGCAUAUUGCGGACGUCUCGCACGACGUCCCUGAGUUAAGUGCCAAGGAGGCAGCCUUACAGCGCGAGCGACAGCAGCGCGACGCCGUCGUAGAAGCGCUUGAGAAAGCCGGCGCCGUCGCGAGCGACGUCGUGAUUCUGUCCGACGCCGACGAGAUCCCCGACUCGCAACGGUUGAACGACGUGCUCGCCUGCCACGGUUAUUUAACGGACGGAAAGGUCCUGCCGGCGGCGUUAUUGAUGGCCUGGCACCAGUAUGAUUUUAGGUGGCGCGCGCGCGUGCCCUGGGGCGCGGUCGCGCGCGAAGGUUGCGUAGUUGCGGCGGUCGGCGACCUACGAUAUCGAUCAAAUUCGGACUUCCGGCGGAUGCUGCGGGACGAACGGCAAGCAUCAAACUUGAGCAUCGACCGGUCCCACAUCAGAGACAGUGGAUGGCACCUUUCGUCGUUUGGCGGCACUUCACUACUGAAAAAGAAGCUCGAGUCCUACAUCGAGGCCCACGCCUACAACUCGUCCUUCUUCACGGAUCACAAGAGGCUGGAGCGGCUGCAGCGGAACGGUAUUGGUUAUUAUGAGCUCGCCGGGCAAGGUUUAGAUCCGUCCGGGAGCUUCGAUUGUGUGGCCGAUCGAAGUGAUUUACCUCGCUUCGCUUUACAACAUCGCGAGGACUUACCGGAGCUGUUCGGCGGUUCAAGAUGUGAGGCGGAGGCGACGGACAAGGCGUGGCUGCAGGCAGACGUCGCGGGCGCAAAAUUGGAGUCCGCGGGGCAGUUCAUCCUGGACGUCGACGGGACUUCCCGGAAGCCGUCGCGGACCUUUGAGUGUGGCGUCGUUUGUGUUCGACUUGAUGAUCAUUUAGAUGAGGCGCGCUUUUCUCAUGAUGUAGAAAACGCGUGCCGAGAAUCGUUGGUAAGACGGCCGGCCUGCGAGAACGUCAAAUCCAUAGUACGGGAGAAAUGUAAAGACGCGCUGGCCCUGUCUUCGGAGACUUCGGUCGAGGUCCGCGAGGGCUUUUCGUUCCAGGAGGAGCACUACGUGUCGCUGACGAUCGACGGUGCGCCCGUCGUCGUGACUUUAUCAGCAACGUCGGAUGUCAAUGAGGUGAGCGGCGGGGUUUGUGAAACGCACAAGCUGGACGCGACGCAGUGCGGUCAGCUCCGGGAGUCUCUAUCAAUGCAGAGGCCCGUGGACGCGUGGCUGCCGCCGGGCGAGUGGUCCCGGGAGGCGUGGGAGGAGGCGGGGUAACUUGGCU